AUGCCUCCAACGGCUCUGGUUGUUGGGCAGAGCGUCAUGAAGGCGUUUCAGCACCUGUCGACGCAGGAUCUACACACACGUCGCGUGGAGGAGGCGUACCGCGUUGUGGUGGAGUGCAUCACGGCGGUGGAUCCGGCAAUGCGACUGUACAUGUUUGGCUCCACCGCAGUGUACGGUGUACACGAAAAGGGCAGCGACGUGGAUUUUGUCGCGCUCAGCAAGACGGAUGUGGAAGAUGGGAAGGGCGAAGACGCCGGAACGCAAGUGGCGAAGGGACUGCAGGCAGAGUUUCUUGGAAAGUUGGCCAGAGUAGUACGACAGAAGCACUUCUCGUGGAACGUGGAGGAGGUGCGACGCACACGCGUCCCCGUCAUUCGUGUGAAGGGCGGUAGCAGCGUGGACUUUGACAUCACCGUGAAUCGGCGCAACGGGGUGCGAAACAGCGCGCUUCUGCGGGCCUACUUUGAGCAGGAUCCGCCGUGUCGCUGGCUAAGCAUGGGCGUGAAGCGGUGGAGCAAGCGGGCAGGGCUAAAUGCUUCUGUGGUUGG